AUGGUCAACAUAAUAAAUCUUCCAGCUUGUGCCCCCGGAGAAUUUGGUAGAAACUGUGCAUCAAACUGUGGCUACUGUCAGGCCGGCAACACCACGUGUGACACGUACGACGGGCACUGUCCAGCCGGAUGUGCAGCCGGAUACAAAGGAGACUUGUGUAAAACAACAUGUGCUCCCGGGGAGUUUGGAUCUAACUGUACAUUUAACUGUGGCCACUGUCAUGAUGGCAACAAAACAUGUGACACGUACAACGGGCACUGUCCAGCCGGAUGUAACGCUGGAUACAAAGGAGACAUCUGUAAAACAGGGAUAAACUUAAUACAACUUAUUCGCAGUGACGUGAAAGUAACAAUGGCUACACCAAUCGUCUUUCACUCAAACACUUACUCAAAGAUGAAUGCAAUUGACAACCUGAUUCAAAACAAUACCGACGCCUGUGGAUGCUGCAGCGCAACUGUCGACAACAACUUGUGGGAGAUUGACUUUGGAAAGAAAUAUUUAAUGAAUGAGAUAAGGAUUUAUGGUAGAGGAGAUGCUUGUGCCCCCGGAGAAUUUGGUAGAAACUGUGCAUCAAACUGUGGCUACUGUCAGGCCGGCAACACCACGUGUGACACGUACGACGGGCACUGUCCAGCCGGAUGUGCAGCCGGAUACAAAGGAGACUUGUGUAAAACAACAUGUGCUCCCGGGGAGUAUGGAUCUAACUGUACAUUUAACUGUGGCCACUGUCAUGAUGGCAACAAAACAUGUGACACGUACAACGGGCACUGUCCAGCCGGAUGUAACGCUGGAUACAAAGGAGACAUCUGUAAAACAGAAUGUUUCCUUGGAGAGUAUGGACCCGGGUGUAUGUCACAUUGCGGUCAGUGUAGUGAUGGAAACACAACGUGCAACGUCUACAGCGGUCAUUGUCCAAGCGGAUGUGCAUCCGGAUACAAAGGAGAUGUAUGCUCAAUUCAAUGUUCGCCCGGUGAGUAUGGACACGGGUGUACGUCACAUUGCGGUCAGUGUAUUGAUGGAAACACAACGUGCAACGCUUACAGUGGUCACUGUCCGAGCGGAUGUGCACCCGGAUACAAAGGAGAUGUAUGUUUCAAUUCAUGUGCCCCCGGAGAGUUUGGCCCAAACUGUGUAUCCAACUGUGGCAACUGUUAUGCCGGCAUCACCACGUGUGACAUAUACAACGGGUACUGUCUAGCUGGGUGUGCCGCUGGGUACAAAGGAGACUUCUGUAAAAUUAAGUCUAAUCAAAACAAAGAUCAGUCGACUCAAAACGACGGAAAUACCAUAGCGGUUGUUGUUGCCGCUGUCUCAUCAACAUUGCUGUUUGUUUCAGCCAUAGCAAAUGUUGUUAUUGUAUUAUUGUAUUGCAGAAGGAAGGCAAGCCUCAGGAAAGAAGAACAGAAGACAGACACCAACUACUUUACAACGACAGGACCAUCUCAUGCAUCCGAUUAUGAUAGCCUUGACGGAACAGAAAGUUAG